AUGGUCAAAUCAACCUAUCAACCAUCCUCUAGUGCCCUCCCUCCACUCCCCCCCGGCUGGACCGAGCACAUCGCCCCAACAGGGCACAAGUAUUAUUACAAUGCCGAAACAAAAGAGUCUACGUACAAGAGGCCGGGCGUGACGCCCACGCCCCCGCCCCCCCCUCCAGCGGCGGUACCAGCAGCGCCGGUGGCAGUUCCAGGAGCUUUGCCGACCGCGAUGCCCGCAGCAGUACCAGCAAUUGGACCAGCAGCUGUCCCCGUGUCAGGCUACGUCCCCCCCUUGUCGACGCUCAACCUCUCCGACCCAGCCGUCGCGAACGCGUUUAUGGCACAGUACCGAGCGCAAUCACAACCACAACAACUCUUUGGCGGCGCAAAACCAGUCGAGAAACCCCAACCGAAGCCAAGGCCACAGCCGAAGGAUAAACCGAAGAGUAAAGUCGCGAUUCCGGGGUGCGAGCCAUGGGUGCUCGUGUAUACCAAGUAUGGGCGGCGGUUUGUCUAUAAUCCGGUGAAGAAUGCGAGCUAUUGGAGGAUUCCGGAGAAGUUGAUGCCGGCUAUUUUGGAGAUGGAUAAGGAGAGGAUUAGGAAGAAGGCUGAGGGGGAUCAAGAGGGGGGGAAGAAGGAAGAGGAAGAAGAAAAGGAGAAGGAGACCAGCCGGGCACCAGAGGACAGCAAACAGUCCGAGAAGAGGAAAGAAUCAGAAGCACCAUCCGAACAGCCACCUCAACGCGACUACGACAGCUCCGAAUACGAAGAAGUCGAAGUCACCGACGACGAGGACGAAGCAGCCGAUCAACAAGACCAAUCCGGACCUCCAGAAUUCACCGAAGCCGAUAUCGCCACCCAACUUGCCCUUAUGAAUGCCGAAUACGGCGAACAAGGCGACUACGAAGCAGGCGAAGAAGGCCAAUGGGAAGAAGGAGACGAGGGCCUCCCCCUCUCAGAGGAAGACGCACGCGCCCUCUUCAAAGACCUCCUCAAUGACUUCCACAUCAACCCAUACUCCCCCUGGGAAAAGCUCAUGGAAGAAGGCAAGAUUUUCGACGAUGCGCGGUACACCGUUCUGCCGACCACAAAAGCUCGAAAGGAGGUCUGGGAGGAGUGGAGUCGGGAAAAGAUCGCGCAGCUCAAGGAACAAAGAGCCAAACAAGAGAAACAAGAUCCACGAAUUGCGUUCCUGGCCUUUUUGCAGGAGAAAGCAACGCCGAAGUUGUACUGGCCGGAGUUUAAGAGGAAGUAUCGCAAAGAGGGGCCCAUGCGGGAUACGAGUUUGAGUGAUAAGGAGAGAGAGAAGUUUUAUAGGGAGCAUAUCAACCGGCUGAAGAUGCCGCAGUCUCAACUCAAAACCGACUUGAAGAAACUUCUGCAGAGUGUCCCGCUGUCGCAGCUGAAUAACCAGACUCUAUCAAGCCAUCUGCCGUCUCAGGUGCUGGCGGAUAUACGGUAUAUCUCUUUACCUCCUGAAGUCAGGGACCCUCUUAUUGAAGCCUACAUCAAAGAACUUGGCCCGCCGCCGGAGGCGAGUGAAAAUGCGGAGGAUGAGGCGGCGAGACAAGCGAGGGAGGAGAGGAGGAAACGGCAUGAGAAGGCACUCCAAGAGAGGGAGAGGGCUGUUGCUGAGGAGAAGAAGAGGCAGGAGAGAAAACUGCAAAUUGAGAGAGAGAGACUGAGGGAAGAGGAGAGGGAGCUGGAGAGGGCGAUGCAUGUCAGCAAGAAAGGGCUGCAGACGCAGUUGUUGGGGGAUCAGAUGGUGAAAGAGGAUAGAGAAAAGAUGGAGACGGAUUGA